UUGUACUUCGUAGUUGGUUAGAGAGCACGCUGAACAUGUCCUUAUACUAAUAGUACAUGUCUACCUUAGGCACUGGCGUAUUAUGACUUUUAUGGUGGCUGCGGGUGUUGUCUAGGCGGCGACAGCGGUCACGAUUAGAUCUAGGGCCCUGGAUAUUGUCUUUGCCCUUUUUGAUCUGAACGACCGCGCGCGACGUCGGCUCGCGUCUAUAUCGUUGACCACGAUGACUUCGCUCUUUCGACAGGGCGCACGGCCGUCUGGACCGCGGCAGGCGGCGGCGACUGGCCCGCCGAGCGCGUUUCCCACAAGCGGCGUCAGCUCGCGAAGCCUAAACGGCAACAAUCCACAACCACAACGCCGCAUUUCAAGGACAAACAUGGAUUUUGAGGAGGCCCUCCGUCAGGAAUCCACCACCCACAAGCUCAAGGAGUCCGACGUCUCCGCGCUCGGCAUGGGUAUGGACAGCCCGAUGUCUGCCCGCAGCCCGCGCACCCCCAACACCCGCAACCAACCCCCGACGCCUAUCGUCGUCCCACCCACACCCAGUCAAAGCCAGCAGGGCGGCGACCACGAAGACCAAGAUUCCACGCGUCCACCAUCAGCCGCGUCCUCGCAGGAUGUAUUCUACGACGCGGCUGAGGACGAACGCGACCGCGGCGAGCGCAAUCCCAACCGGCGCUCUAUCUACCGCGCGACAGGAACAAGCAGCAGCCCCGAUCUCGCGACGCUCAUGCGCAAGGCACGCGAGCGUGGUGGCACCGUCACUGCUAGGCUCAAAGACGAGAAGUUACAACAGCGCCGAGGCGAGUCCCCACCGCCCCCACUGCCCAGCGCCAGCGGAAGCAGCAGUACGCGUCCAAGGUCUUCCACGACAAUCGCACCUUCGUCCCCGGGAGCAGCACCCGUCACACCCGUGCGGAAGAGCCAUAGGACGUUGAGCAAGCAGCGCGAAGCCAGUCCGGACUGGGUACUCGCGAACGCGAGGCCAAAAGACAACAAGCCCUCAAAGAACUCGGUCAGGGAGAAGACGAGCGCGUUUUUGGGCAGGAUGUUCUCGCAAGGGACGGUACGCGAUCGUCCGAAAACUGAACAUACACUCACUACCUCGCCUUCCAACAAGUCAAUGACUUCCCUAUACCACGCGUUCGCAUCCCCAACGCCUCCGCCCCCUGUCCCUCCUCUGCCCAGCACGUCCACGUCCCCCAUAGCGGACGCGUUCACCACAUCACCUCGACCUCCCGAUACCGCGAAGCCACUCCCUCCCAUUCAACCUGUGCGCAGGUCGCCUAGUCCCGACACUGAAGACACCUCAAUGGUGGUCGUGGAGAACAUGCCCACUACUCCCAGCAAUGCCGCGGAAGGCAUCAUGCGGCGAGAGUCGUCCGCAACUGUGACCAACAAGUUCCACAAGCGGCGCAGCAUGAGCGUCAGCGAAGUGGACCUCAAGAACAUCUUCAGCAAGUCUACCGCCCCUGCGCGGCCGCCGACCACGCCUCCUCCGCGUUCACCUGCUCAAACGCCCGAGCCUGAAGACAAGGAUGCUGACGACAACGCUGGAACUCUAAGAGGAAUUCUGGGCGAUCUCAAAGGUGAACUCUUUGAACCCGUCUCCAUCUCCUCUGGCUCGCUUGCUCUGCGCGAUCCCUGUACCCCUGCUCGGCGUGCUGCCUAUAAUAGAUCGAGGACUGACAGCGAUGUUACUUCUUCCCCGAAAGAGCGCCGCCCAAGCAUCAAGUCCUACUCCUCUGAGCGGCAAACUACCCCCACUGUGGGUCUGCAUGCCGCGCAGUCACGCGACAGCGAAGAGAGCGCAAACGCCCCCUCGCCUCCGCGUCCGACCACCGCUCUGCCGACCCGGUCCUUCUCGUCGCAAGCUUCGCUGUCGUCAUCGACAACCUCGUCUGUGCGGCCGAGUUCGCUCGGGCCUUCGCCGUCGCGUGGACGACCCGGGAGCAGCCCUCUGCGCGGCCCUGGACUGGCUUAUGUGCGCGACGGGACACGGUUACGACACCGCUCCACCGCGUCAAGCUCGGAGCCUUCACUCAUCAUCCCGGAGGAACUGCGCCUGCCUCGGGAACGACGCUCGUCGACGCGCAUCGUGGGCUCGCCAGACUUGCUACGGUCAGGCUCAAUGGCUUCUAGCCAGUUCCAGCGAAAGAGCUCGCAGGGUGAGUCCGUAGAGACGGCCGACAUGGACCAACGCGGCAAGGAGCUGGCGCUGCGCUGCUGGAACGAGGACGAGGAGUUCCUCGCGAAGGAGAAGAUUGCUGAGUGGUUGGGUGGGCACGGUCUCAUCAACAAGGUUGCACUGCGUCAUUAUAUGGCCAACUUUGACUUCUCCAACUUGCGACUGGACAUGGCUUUCCGUCGCCUUUGCUCGAAGCUUUUCCUGAAAGCUGAGACGCAACAAGUAGACCGAAUUUUAGAAGAGUUCAGCCGGCGCUACUGGGAAUGCAACCCGAACACGGUGUAUGGGAGCUCUAAUAUCGUGCAUGCGGUGGCAUAUUCCCUGCUUCUGCUCAACACGGAUUUGCAUGUCGCCGACCUCGCUACUCGCAUGUCUCGCAACCAAUUUGUGCGGAACACUGUCACCGCCAUUCAGAUGCAGAUUCAGCCGACGAGCCCAUUGUCCCCAGAAAGCAUGGACGACCGCGACAGUUUGCAUUCGGAGAACACGGUCGAGGGUCAUCGCAGAAACAAGCGCAGCGACAGUAUCACGAGCUGGAACAGCAUAUCGAGGGAUACGGUCUACGGCGCGACGCUUGCUUCGCCCAGUCUGGCGUCGAACGGGAUGACGGAGUCGUCGAAUGGCAGCACGCCGUCUGUAUCGGUUUCUCAACCUCCGGAGACGAAGUCUACAGCAUCGUCGACUCGCCUGUAUGGCAAGGAGUGGGAAAGCGAGUUGGAGAGCCUCCUCAAAGAAAUGUACACCGCGAUCAAGCAACAGCAAAUUUUGCAGCCGCUAGGUAGUGGCAGUAUGUCGCGCUCGUCUAGUUCUUCGCUCAGCCCUGGAUCAGCAGUUGCUCGCAACCGGAGCUUACGAGCGCAGCCGGAUCGCCUGGCGUCAUUCAAGAGAGGCAGCAUUCGUGGCCUGCAGUCGCUCAUGGGCCCGCCGACGAGCGGGAGCAGCCCGUAUAGCAGCAACAGCAGCAUUGAUGGGCGCGCCAGCCCCUCGCCGAGCUUUGCGGCGUCAACGCAUGAGGCCUUGUAUGGCUCUAGUUCCUCCUUCCUGCAGCCAGCCCUUGGGUUUGCGUCCAACCUAUCGCACACAAUCAUCAAGGAGACGCAGGAGGACGAUGACCAUCGUAGCACUCAUAGCCACGAUUCGGACACUACUGACAUCAGCAUUACUGACGAAGAACUAGCCCUCCUCGGCGCCCCCUGGGCUAAGGAAGGCAUGCUCUGUCGCAAGCAGUACUGGGAGGCGACCGGCAAACGCGCGAAGGACAAGUCGUGGCUCGACGUCUUCGUCGUGAUACAACGCGGCGAGUUGAACAUGUUCACCUUCGGCGAAGGGUCCGGCAGUACGAGCAUCGUCGGCGGUGGCAACUGGCUGUCGAAUGCCAAUUCCGUUGGUACGGUGCACCUGGCACACUCGCUCGCGCAUGCGCUGCCCCCGCCGGGCUACAACCGGCAGCGACCCCAUUGCAUGGUGCUCACCCUCGCCAGCGGAUGCGUAUACUUCUUCCAAGCCGGCACUGAGGAACUCGUUAACGAAUGGGUGUCGACAUGCAAUUACUGGGCCGCUCGGACGAGCAAAGAGCCCCUGGCCGGAGGCGUAUCCAACAUGGAGUAUGGGUGGAACCGCGUGCUCGACCCCGUUACCCACGAGCGCUCGCAUUCGGAUGGCGACUCGCUGCGCGACACCUCCGACGCGGCGAGCGUCGUCAGUGGCCGGAGCAGUCGUAGCAAGUAUGGGUGGAAGGAGGGCGCGGCGACGCUGCGCGCGCACGCGCACUCGCCCUGGCAGGACCGGACGAUCAUCAACGAGUGGAAGGCCCCGAUCCCGUCCGCGGUGUCCAGCGUGCACGACGAGGAGACGCAGCUCGAGGCGCUGCAGAAGCACGUGGAGAAUAUGAAGGCGGACUUGCAGAUGCACAACGAGUUGCGGGAGCCGAUGAUGCAGCUCUACCAACCAAAGUCGCCCAACGCGAUGAAGGCGCUGGGCAACUGGGAGAAGAAGUCGCAGUACCUGCUGACCGAGAUUGUGAAAUACGAUUCGUACAUAGAUUCGCUCCAGGCGGCUAUGGCCCUGCGAUUAAAGAAGCGUGGGGAGAAGGCUCUGGAGAAGGCACUCCAAGGCCAGGAAGACGGGUCGGGAAAUAGGACUGUCAAGCCUCGUUCGUGGAAGGGCUUCGGCGAGGAGACCAUCACCGAGACCGACGAACCUACUACGCCUGGACUACCACCUCCCCCGCCAUCCAAGCACUCUCACCGCCGUGAGACUGCUGAAGUAGACGUUGACGAUGAAGAUUGAGCAGGGCCACUGACACCUUUCCCUUUCCUCUACCCCGGAUCGCUCCUUUCUCUGACGCAAUGUCUGCUUGCCACUGCAAUGUAUACCAUUCGACUACUUACAUUGUACAUUUGGAUUUCCGGUAUCUACGGUCGUACACGUACUCACACCCGUUAUAAUUUAUGCCAUAUCUUCCCCUCCCCCACAAUACCUUCUGUAUAUGGCAAUAUUCCCGCGUUCAUGAUUCGUGGAUGCCGUGCUUGAUCCAAAGACCCGAUCCGAAUGGAACUGCUGGCGCUGUUGCGAUGCCGUACACCUAGG